GGCGGGGCGCGGGGAGCGUCUCUCCGGCCCCGCCGCAUCCCCGCCGCAGCGGAAGCCGCACCCCCGCCGCCCGGGCCGCCCGGGCGCAGCCCCCGGCGCAUCCCGCCCCCCCGGCGGGGCCCUGAUUGGCGCCGGCGGCUUCGGCUCCCCCCCCCGCGACCCGCUCCCCGUCCCGCCGCCGCCAUGAACCCGCUCUUGGGCCCCAACCUCUUCCUUCUGCCGCAGGAGCAGCAGGGGCUGCCGGGCCCCGAGCUGCCGCCGUCGCCCGCGGGCCGCCCCGCCGAGCCCCUCGGGGGAGAGCUAGCAGCCCCGCCACCCGCCGCUCCCUUUCCCGCGCCGCCCGCCGCCAUGGCCCUCCGCAACGACUUGGGCUCCAACAUCAGCGUCCUGAAGACGCUGAACCUGCGGUUCCGAUGCUUCCUGGCCAAGGUCCAUGAGCUGGAGCGGCGCAACCGGCAGCUGGAGAAGCAGCUGCAGCAGGCGCUGGAGGAGGGCGGCGGGAGCCGGGGCCGCGGACCCCCGCGCCGCGACCAGGCGGUGCAGACCGGCUUUAUCGGCCCCAUCCGCUCCCUGGGGCUGGGGCCGGCCCGGGCGCUGGGGUCCCCCGGCUGCCGCCCCGGCGCGCCCGCCCAGCCAUCCCCCUUCCCGACCGCCUCCCGCUUCAUGCCCGGCACCAUCUGGUCCUUCUCGCAAGCCCGGCGGCUAGGCCCGGGGCCGGAGACCACCCUGGUGCAAGGGCCGGGGGUCUCCUGGGUCCACCCGGACGGGGUGGGCGUGCAGAUCGACACCAUCACCCCUGAGAUCCGGGCGCUCUACAACGUGCUGGCCAAGGUGAAGAGGGAGCGCGACGAGUACAAGCGCAGAUGGGAAGAGGAGUACACGGUGCGUGUCCAGCUUCAGGACCGGGUGACUGAGCUGCAGGAGGAAGCCCAGGAAGCUGAAGCCUGCCAGGAAGAGCUGGCCAUGAAGGUGGAGCAGCUCAAGGCAGAGCUUGUUGUCUUCAAGGGACUGAUGAGCAAUAACAUCACGGAGCUGGACACCAAGAUCCAGGAGAAGGCCAUGAAGGUGGACAUGGACAUCUGCCGGCGCAUUGACAUCACUGCCAAGCUGUGCGACGUGGCACAGCAGCGAAACUGUGAGGACAUGAUCAAGAUGUUUCAGAAGCAAUUGGUUAGUUCCAUUCAGUUGGGAAAGUGUACAAAUUUUAAACUUUGUGUAAAUAAGUCUCUGCACUUGUCUCCCGUUAAGGUCCCAGCCUCGGUGGGGCGGAAGCGGGAGCGCAAGCAGGUCAGCGACGAAGACACCUCACUGUCAGAGAGCGAUGCCUCCCGAAAACCUGAAGAGGAAGAGGAGGACGAGACCACAGCCAUGAGUAUCAAUGAGGAAAUGCAGAGGAUGCUGAACCAGCUGAGGGAAUAUGACUUUGAGGAUGACUGUGACAGCCUCACGUGGGAGGAGACAGAAGAAACGCUGCUCCUCUGGGAGGACUUCUCCGGAUACGCCAUUGCAGCCGCAGAGGUGCAGGGGGAGCAAGAUGACAGCCUGGAAAAGGUGAUCAAGGACACGGAGUCGUUGUUCAAGAGCCGUGAGAAGGAGUACCAGGAAACCAUUGACCAAAUAGAGCUGGAGCUGGCCACAGCCAAGAACGACAUGAACCGCCACCUGCACGAGUACAUGGAGAUGUGCAGCAUGAAGCGAGGCUUGGACGUGCAGAUGGAGACUUGCCGGCGGCUCAUCACCCAGUCUGGGGACCGAAAGUCUCCUGCCUUCACCCCAGCCUCCAACAGCGAGUCAGCCCCGAACGAGGAGAGUGAGGAGUCUGACCGUGACCCUCCCAGUGACGCUUCCAUCAGAUAAUGAGGGGAGGACCCGCUCUGUUGGACACCCUUCCUGGUACAGGGGUGCCUGAGCCAUGCCUGAGAGAGACUGUCAGGGCCAUGGAGCUGCUGGUAAACGUCUGUCGCCCAGGCUCACUCCCGUUUUGGGGAGCUUGGCAGAUCCCGCACCCCCUUGCCACCAGAUAUCUCACAAAUGGGAAUAGCUAGAUAGACCUGAGAGUCCUUGUUGGGGCUGCUCAGCCUCCAGCCCCUUCUCUGUUCCCUUUCCCUGCUAUGGUUAAACCACGGUUUGGGCAGGGAGGCUCCAAAUCUGCCACAGUGGCAUUCGCCAGGACCUGUUCCCAGGUUCCUCCAGACCCACCUCCUCCGUCCUGGUACGCUUUGUCCUGCCCCCUGCCCUCCCUGCACCACAUGGAGCCAAACAAGAGCCGUAUCUUCCUGCAAACUGGACCUGACACUGGUGCCAACUGGACCGAGCCUGGGAUGCUCUCUGUCCUUGCUGCUGGCCGGGUGCCUGGCUGGUCCCCGUGCCAAGCCGAGCACCCCAAUCCCCCCCUGCCUCCUCCAGGGCAGGGGCUGAGCCCCGCUCAUGGUGCACUUCGCUUUGCCGCACGUUGGCGGUGCGCUCAUGUCUGUGUUACAGGGACAAGGGGUCAUUAAAUGGGACAGUUUCCUUUUCUACA